CUCAUAUCACACACUCUUCGCUGCCAUUACUUCGCAGCCAAACCAUACCAUACUAUACCAUAGUAAGUAACCAUUUGCAGAGACCAGAGUGGUGAGAAUGGCCACCAUGAACCUCCCUUUCUCUCUCCUCCUCCUGCUCCUCAUUACCUUCCUCUCUCUCUCCUCCCAAACCCACUUCUCCGCCGCCGCCAAGAAACCCAUACCCUCUUCCUCCUCCUCCCAAGACCUAGUCCGAUCAUCAUGCGUCCACGCCAGCUACCCCAGCAUCUGCCUCCGAACCCUCUCUUCGUACUCCGGCGCCGCCAACACCCCAAGAGACCUAGCUCAGGCCGCCGUCAAAGUCAGCCUCUCCAGAGCCCGUAAAGUCUCCGCCUACUUAACCACCGUCAGGGACGGCGUCGGAGCAAGCAAGAGAGAGCAGGCGGCGGUGAGAGAUUGCGUCGAACAGGUGGCGGACUCGGUGAACGAGCUCGGAAAAACGCUGUCGGAGCUCCAGCACCUCCGCGUCGGAACAUUCCGGUGGCAGAUGAGCAACGCCGAGACAUGGGUCAGCGCCGCCUUGACGAAUGAGGACACGUGUCUUGAUGGGUUUAGAGAGAUUGAUGGAAAGGUUAAGUCUGAUGUGAAUAGGAAGAUCACCAAUGUGGCUAGAGUUACUAGUAACGCACUCUACCUCAUCAACCGCCUCGAUCAAUCUAGGCCUUGAAAAUAUUUUACUAUGUGAUUCAAUUUAUAUAUAUAUAUAUAUAUAUAGAUCAAUUUAAAAAGUAAAUAAUAAAAAAGGUAGAAGAGAAUGAGAAGAUUAUGUUGCACUCGUAGUACAACAAUAAUACUCAAACUCAGACAUCGGUCACGGGCCAACCCAUUGUCUUAAUCUAUGUCUAUUAUAGUAUAUAGUUAUGCAGCUCUGUGUGUAAACUUUUUUUGGUCUUUUUUUUGUCUUUCUGCAGCUGUGCAUAUACUACAUAUUAAUGAAUGAAAAGAGUGUUAUAAGGGUCUUCCAAAAUGUAGUACUAUUCUCUUAUUUUCUUUUGACUAAUGCAAUGCACAUAAAAUUUGUACUA